AUUGUUCACAAUUUAUGAGCGGAGUUAACCACAUAUAGUAUUUUUCUUCCUUUAUUUAGAAGUAUUUAAAAUACUGUUUUACUUCAAACAUUGUUCAAACACAUUAAGUUACUGUGAUUUAUUGGUUAAGAAAUAUUUUAGAAACAAUUUGAAAAAGAGGAAUAGUGGUUUGGAAAUUUUUACCAUUUUUAAAAAAAUGAGAAAUUAUAAUGAAUACAAUAAUUACAAUAAAGGACGAAGACCUAAAACGGCACCUUUCAAAGCAGGUAAUUAUGAUGUAAUUGAUUCGCCGAUGACCAAGGUGGUGGAACGUGAUUGUGGGUUGAUCCCAAUGAUGAAUGGACACGGUAAAGAAGCUGGGCUUGUUCCCCUAAGUAAGGAGGAAAGUCAGAAGGAAGAUGAGAUGACCAAAAGACUACACGUUCUUCAGGAAGAAAGUUUAGAGCCAUUAAAAGAAGACUUGUCAGAAUGGCUUGCAAAAACAUUAAAUAUAGAUAUCACAGCGGAGACAUUUAUGGAUGUUUUAGACAAUGGUGUAUGUUUAUGUAAGCUAGCUCAAGUUAUACAGCAGAAAGCUGAGGAAUGUGUGGCCAAUGGUACAUGUACAGAGUCGAUUCCCCGUAAAGGACCUAGAUGUAAAAACAAUGCUCCCUCAGGGAGUUGGUUUGCCAGAGAUAAUGCAGCUAAUUUCUUGUCUUGGUGUAAUUCACAUGGUAUGAAACAGGAAUCUAUGUUUGAAACAGAAUAUCUAGUUUCACAAACAGACCAGAAAUCUGUGAUUAACUGUUUAUUAGAAGUAGCCAGACUUGGUUAUAAGUUUGGACUGGAACCUCCUAAUAUCAUCAAGAUGGAAACAGAAAUAGAGGAGGAAGAAGAGGAAGAGAUACCAGUCAGUAAACCGGUAGAGAUUGUCCGACCUUUGUCUAAUAAGGGGCCUAACCUGGAUGCUGAGAUUCAGCGCAUUGCAUUUAACUGUAAAUGUCAUCAGUAUAUAAAGAAGUUAGGAGAUGGAAAAUAUGCUAUCUUUGGCAAAGUUGUACAUAUCAGGUUUUUACAGAAUCGUCAUAUCAUGGUACGGAUAGGUGGUGGAUGGGAUACACUAGAAAACUACCUGGAGCAUCACAUUCCAAAACAAGUGUUUGAACACCGUCGGGACAUCCACGGAGAACCAAAAAAUGAUGCAAAUAAAUAUUUGUACUUCAAGUCACAGUACAGAUCUACAUCAGUUUCAUGAUAUUUUUAAUUGUUAAUGUUGUUUAUAUCAUGUUAAUGUUGUUUAUUUACUAUGCAAUACAUUUGUUUACUUGUUAAUUAGACAUUUGUGAAUGUUAAUGAGUUGUUAAUUCAGAAAUGUUUCUAGUAGUUCCUGUUAUUAAGUUGAGGAACUCCAGGCCAUACCAUAAUGAUUUUUUGUUGUUUUUUUAUUUUUACACAACAGUUAUUUAUAAACUUGAUAGAAAAAUACAACUUUUUAGCUAAAUUAAUAAAAUUAUAGAAGACUCCUGCAGGGCCUUUGAGUGUCAGAAAGUUAUUAUUUAAAUACCUUAAAAAGACAGAUUUGAUCUUUGAUAUGAGUCUUGCAUUACAAUUUUUACAGUUGAUUCAAAAAUGUUCAUGAAAAAUAUAAAUCAGAAAGUUGCCUUAAUACACAACCUCAAAUUACAAAGAUCUAAAACAUUUUGGUGUGGCUUUAGUGAAAUUUUCACGGGUGAUUCAGGGUUGUAAUUUUGCCUUCCGUCCUUAUGAUUCAAUGCUUUAUCCCAUCAUAUCAUUUAUUUGCAAAUAUUCAUCUUCAUUUAGGACUUGUUUUUUAAAAACUUUUUUCUAAAUUAUCAUAAAAUUAUUGCAUGUUUUAGAUAGAAAGUGUGAUAAAAUCUGCAUAAAUGUAAAGAUUUAUUUAUUCUGUAAAGAUAACAAAAAAUUGCAUUGAAUAACAUUUGUACUACAAAUGUUUAAAGAUACAUGAACCAAUAUAUGCAGUCCAGUGUGGCAUGAAUGGAAUUAUGAUAAAAACCAAAUUUAAGACUGCCUAUCAGACUUUGGGAUGGGAAAGGGGGAUCAUUUAUUUUGGGUCUAAAUUAGUUGUAUUGACUAUCAAAAUAAAGGAAUGUAAAAAUAUUUUUAUGCCCCCGCCGUAGCGGUGGGGGCAUUAAGUUUUACCCUUGUCCGUCUGUACGUACGUACGUACGUCCCAAAAUUGGUUUCCGUUCUCUAACUUCCAGUUUGCCUCAACCAAA